AUACAGUUCCCCCAACCGCCAAUUCCCCAAAUUACCCUUCUAUUUGUCAAUUUCGUGACCCAGAAAACCUCGUUCAUCUAUAUUCAUCAUCAAUCAACCAAAAAACAAUCAUUUAUUUCUCUCUCUUAAAAGGAACAAACUUUUUGGGUUCUUGUUUCUCUCUCUACGAACAAACAGACGAUGGCAACUGGGCUGCUCAGGAAAGGACUCUCAAUCGCUAGGGUUUCCAAAACGGCACCUUUUACCUCAAGACUGAUCCCUACAAGGUUUCACGCAUCAGAAGCAGAAGCACAAAAGGUUGAACCAAAAGCAAGCUCAACCGCAAGCCUUAAGACUUUCCAAAUAUACAGAUGGAACCCCGAUAACCCAUCGAAACCCACACUUCAAGAUUACAAGAUCGACCUAAAAGAAUGUGGCCCGAUGGUUCUUGAUGCUCUAAUCAAGAUCAAGAACGAGAUUGAUCCUACCCUAACAUUUCGCAGAUCUUGCAGAGAAGGAAUUUGUGGUUCUUGUGCUAUGAAUAUUGAUGGGUGUAAUGGAUUAGCAUGUUUAACAAAAAUCUCAUCUGGGUCUACUUCGUCAACAAUAACUCCUUUGCCGCAUAUGUUUGUGAUUAAAGAUUUGGUCGUCGAUAUGACUAAUUUUUAUAAUCAGUAUAAGAGUAUUGAGCCUUGGCUUAAAAGAAAGAACCCACCUCCUGUUGAUGGGAAAGAGAUUCCUCAGAGUAAGAAAGACAGGGCUAAACUAGAUGGCAUGUAUGAGUGUAUUCUGUGUGCUUGUUGCAGUACUUCUUGCCCUAGUUAUUGGUGGAAUCCUGAAUCUUACUUGGGUCCUGCUGCUUUGCUCCAUGCAAAUAGGUGGAUCAGCGAUAGCCGUGAUGAAUAUACCAAUGAGCGGCUGGAUGCAAUAAACGAUGAGUUCAAGCUCUACCGCUGCCAUACCAUAUUGAAUUGUGCCCGUGCCUGCCCCAAAGGGUUGAACCCUGGAAAGCAGAUCAUGCAUAUCAAGCAGCUCCAGAUGGUAGGUGGUGCAUAAGUUUUUCAAUUGGAGAAGCAUGAGGGUGUGCAACUGACAAAUUGUUCUGGGGAUUUUUGGAGGGCCCUGCAAAGUUUCAAUUUAUAAUAAUAUGUGCACCAAAGUUUAUUGUACAUCCCCUUUGUAUUCAGGAUUAGGAUUGAAGUGUGAUGCCCUUCUUUCCCAAUAAAUAUUUAUAAAAGUUGAUUGGGCUAGUGAUUUUGAAUUCCAUUUGCAGUAAGCUCCAUCUGGUGGUAGGGUUUUAUGGGACGCAAAGAAUUGAAUUAUUUGCAGUAUUAACUUGUUGGAGAAUUUCUAUGUUGUGUAUUUUUGGUUGACUGCUAUGCAAAUAACAGAUAGUAACGAAGUUAUAGAUA